AUGACACGCCCCAAGCACUUCAGUCUCCGCGUUCUGCUGCAACUAUUUGCCAUCACGAUCUCCAUCUUCGUCCUCGCGGUGCUCUUCUGGAAGCUCGGGAGAUUCUUCCGCCACUUCACCCAGGCCAAAGUCACCCAGCGCGGCAACGCGACCACCGCCCGUUACGCCCGCACCUGGUACGGCUGGGUGCCAGCGGAGCGACACGUGGGACUCAAGAAGUUCGUUCGAGUCUGUUUCGAUAAGUUCGGCAGGUGGACGGCGUGGCGUUCGUCGAACCAGGACUAUAGCUGGGUGUGGUGGGAUCCGGGGCAGCGGGAGCUGAACAAAUACCGAAAGACGAGACGGCCGUUGCAGUGGUUGCCUCGUUGGGUCAGGAGUUACAGCUUCACGACCGCCGACACCAUCUGGAAUCCGAGGCCCGCUGACAAUGCUGGUGUCGUCGCUGCGCCGAGUAGCAGUCGUCCGUCGCCGUCGUUCCGCAUGGCCGGAGCCCUUUCUUCUUGUCAUACCCUGAAACGCGUGGUGGGAAAUUGGCACACGGUGUCAAGGACGAGUAUCUGCGCGCAGGUCUCUAUCAAGGUCUAUCUCCAGGAUGGAUGUCGCGGAGCAGUGACGCCGUCUGAAGCUCCCGCACGAGCUUGGGAUGGGCUUGAGUGGCUCUCCAACCAGCUCAUCCCCGGACGCAGACCGUAUCAUUUUGCCUUGCUUGCCAAUCACUGGCUGAAUCCAGAGACAUGGAUCGUCAUUGACCCUCCGACUCGAAUCUCUAUUGAUGCUAGACGCCGACUUGGGGAUCCAAGAUUCAACGACCCAUACCCAGCCGUUGACUGGACCCCGAAGCCGAAGUACCCCAAGCUGCAACGCAGAACUGCCAAUGUCCCGAAGAUCAACUCCUGGAGAGCAGCUGUAAACCGAAACAGACGAGCGGGUGGGUUGGACGACAUCAUCAAAGGUGUCGAGCUAUUUGAGGGGUCAGACGACGCACCGCCGGAUGGCAAGGUUGACCCUGCGUGCUGGAUACUUCGGAAACCGCCUCAAGGGUUUAGCAUGUCCUCUCGCCAGGGGACCGUAUUCUAUGAAGGAGGAGCCGGCUGGCAAGAGACGCUAGAUGACUGGCAAAAAGUUCGCCGUGGCUAUCGAAUCCGGAAGGCAAUUCACGAGGGAAGGGCAAACCGGAGACGAGCAAAAGAAAUUGCGCUUGGUAUUACGAGAUACUAUCGACUAGGCAUUUCCAAAAUCUCCUGA